AUGGAUUUACAAGGAAAGGCUGUAGUAGUAAUAGGCGCUACAACAGGUUUUGGGCAUCAAUUUGUAAUUAAAUGCGCUUCAAAGGGGAUGACGGUGUUUGCAGCUUGUAAUUCCCCUAAUGGUGUUCAAAAAGUAGUUCAAGCAACUUCCCACCUUUCUGGUUUCGUCCAUGCCCACUCCCUCGAUUUAUCCUCAACAGAUUCCGUUGAAAAAUUUUUUCGUCAAGUAAUAAAUCAAAUACCUCCUGGCACAGGAAUACAUGCUCUAGUAAAUAAUGCUGGAAUUAUAAGGGCUGGGGCAGAUGACUGGUUAGCUAUGGAAGAUUAUGAACAUGUUUUGAGAGUUAAUUUAUUGGGGCUGAUACAAAUAACUAAAUUAUUUAAAGAACAUAUUAAAUUGGCAAAAGGCCGUAUACUCUUCUGUUCGAGUAUAUGUGGAAGAAUUGCCUUUCCUUACUAUGGUCCCUAUACAGUAUCUAAAUUUGCAAUGGAAGGAUAUUGUGACACAAUACGUCGAGAAUUAUCCCCUUUUGGAGUUAAAGUCGCUGUAGUAGAACCUGGCUAUUUCCGUACCCCAAUAACCAAUCCAGACCAUAUCCCCAAUGAAAUGGAAAAAUCAUUCAAUAAAUCAUCACAAUAUAUUAAAGAACAAUACGGACAUAAUUUUAUAUUAAAAAAUAAAGAAAUAGCCAAAAAUCAUUUAUCUUCUAAAGCAAACUCGCCAAGAGUUGAUUGGGUUGUUGAUGUCUAUUUUCAUGCCUGUACAGCUAUAUUUCCCCGUAAAAGAUAUGUUGUUGGUAUUGAUGCUAAUUAUGUAGUAAUUCCAAUUUCUCGUUUACCAACAGAAAUACAAGAUUUAAUUUUUUGGUUAAAUUCAAUAAUUUUGAAAAAUCCGUUACCCAAAAUUCUACAUAAUGGGGGCUGUUUAAAUGCCAAAAUGGUCCAUAGAUGGAUAAAAAGUGCAAAUGGAUUUGUGGCAUAUUUGGAGGGGGAGGAGAAGGAAAGGUAGGGAGAGAGGGUGAAUAAUGAUUUUUUGGA